AAGAUUUUUCAUUCAUUGAUUUUUUCGCAGUCGAGUGAUGAGGAAGAAGUGGAAGGAGGAGGAGAGAAGAAGAAGAAGAAAAAUAAGGGUUUGAAGGAGAAAAUCAAGGAGAAGGUAUCUGGUGAUGACAAGGAAGAAGAGAAAAUUGAGAAGUACGAAUUUGAACCAGUAGAGAAAUGUGAUGAAAUACCAGUUCAUGAAGAAUCUGAGAAGAAGGGCUUCCUAGAGAAGAUCAAGGAGAAACUUCCCGGCGGCGAAAAGAAGGAGGUGGAUGUGGAGGUGCACCCACCACCAUAUCCGGCCGCCGUUGAGUGCGCCACCCCUGAAGGCGAGGCCAAGGAAAAGAAGGGUUUCCUGGAUAAGAUCAAAGAGAAGCUCCCUGGGCACCAUUCCAAGACUGAGGAAGAAAAGGAUAAGGAAAAAGAAAAGGAGUCUGCAUACCAUUAAGGAAUAAUUACAUAUGGCAUGGGCCUUUUGGGGUGUGUAUUUGAGUGGUGUGUCAUCGUUUGGGUGGUUUACUUUCUUUUUAAUUCUCGUAUAUAACUAUGCUUAUAUACGUAUAAAUCAAAAGUUUGCUUAAUUAGGGUUUGUAUUAUGGAAGUGAUCAUUGCGGCGAUUGCUUCAGUUUGUAAUUUAUUAUUGUGAGAUCGUAUAUGCAAAAUUAUUUGAAUUCGCUUUUAUACAUCA